AUGCGCGACGGGCCCGGCAAGACGGCCCUGCGGCAGAAGGCGCUGAAGGUGCUGCAGCGGCGGAAGCAGUACGAGGCGCAGCGCGACCAGCUGUCGCAGCAGUCGUGGAACAUGGAGCAGGCGGGGAUGAUGCAGGACAACCUGAAGAACGUGAUGACGACGGUGGACGCGAUGAAGACGACCACCAAGACCCUGAAGAAGCAGUACGGGCAGAUCGACAUCGACAAGAUCGAGCGUAUGCAGGACGAGAUGGCCGACCUGAUGGACAUCGGCAACGAGAUCCAGGAGAGCAUCUCGCGCGCCUACGAUGUGCCGGAGGAUGUCGACGAGGCGGAGCUCGACGCCGAACUGGAGGCCCUCGGCGAGGAGACCAUGAUGGAAGGCGCCAUGGCCGACAGUGCCAUGCCCAGCUUUCUCCAGGACGAGGUCGCGCCCCCGCAGUUCAUCGAUGAGCCGCCGGAGCAGAGUAAGAUCAAGGAGCCUGCGGGCGGGCUUAGCUGA